AUGACUCUCAAGGAGGUUUCCGAUAAGGCUGAAGCUAAUGCCGCUGCAAUCACUCAACUCUGUUCAGAAUUCAAAACCCUCUCCAGAGAUCUUACUUCUCAGCUCGAUACAGUAAAGACUAGCUUCAAAGAGGCAUUACAAGAAAAUAAUCGAAAUCUCAUCUCCUUAUUCAAUAUACAUGUACAUCAUAAUCGUCCUGAAGAUACUGGUGGAUCUAACAUACAUGAUACUGAAGGUUCAAACUACAAUCACCAAAAUCGAUCUCACUCAGGUAAUAUUCACCGUCUUCCCAAGUUAGAUUUUCCUCGUUUUGAUGAUAAUAAUCCUCGGGGUUGGAUCCAGAAGAGCGAAAGAUACUUUCAAUUAAAUGAUAUUGAGGAACACAAGAAAGUGGAUAUUGCUGCAAUUUAUUUAGAGGUUAAUGACUAUUAUGAGGAAUUUGAAUCUCUAAAAGCCUUAAUGCUGGAUAUGAAUCCUACACUCACCGAGACCUAUUUUUUCAUGAUUUUUCUUAGUGUCCUAAAGGAUGAAAUAGGCAAAUCUGUGUCUAUGUUUCACCCACAAACCUUAGUUAUUGCUUUUUCAUUAGCCAGAUUACAAGAGCAGAAAUUCAGUUCAUCCAACCAAUUCACUAAACCUUAUACAAAAUCAUUUAAUAACCCUUUCAGUUCCUCAAAACAGUCCCAAUAUACCAAUUUAUCUCCUAGGCCAAUUCCCACAUCACUUAAAUCUGCUCCAGUAACCACAAAAUUUUCCUUCCACAACAAUCCCGAACCUAUACCCACCACUCCCACAAUUAAAAGACUCUCCCAAGAAGAAAUAAACAAGAGAAGAGCUCAAGGCUUAUGUUAUAAUUGUGAUGAGGUGUAUAAGCAAGGACAAUUUUGUAAAGGCAAACAGAAGAUCUUUAUGAUUCUGGUAGAAAAUACUGACUUACAAGAGACUGAAGAGGAAGAUAUCUUUGAAGAAGUUUUAGAUUCUCCAGUACAGUCUGAUAUGGAGAUUUCUCUCCAUGCUUUAACUGGUCAUGCCACAGGUGAUACUAUCAGAAUCCCUGAAGUCCUUAACGAUCACAAGGUAUCCAUACUUAUUGAUUCUGGCAGCACAACAAGUUUUAUUGACAGUGCAUUGGCUUCUUCCCUCCAUUGCCACAUUGAAUCAACUACACCAAUGAAGGUCACUAUUGCAAAUGGAGAGCAAACAGUCAGUAAUGGUGCAGAUUGGCUCAAGACAUUAGGUGAUGUUCUCUUUAACUUUUCAAAACUGAGCAUUUCAUUUAAGUAUAAAGGUAAGAAAAUCACCUUACAGGGUAUUGUGCAACACACUUCUUUACUCCAGAUGAGUGGUGAUACUGUUAAGAAUUUUUUUUCUAGUACUUCUCAUGGCAUGGUGGGCCACUUAUUUUCCAUUUCUACACCUACUUCACCACCUACCACUCCUGGUAUUCUUUUACCCUUGUUACAUGAGUUUGAUGACAUUUUCCAAGAGCCCACUCAAUUGCCUCCACAAAGAAACUUGGACCAUAAAAUUCCCUCGCAGCCUAAAUCAACACCUAUAAACCUCAGAGCUUACAAGUGUCCUUACAUUCAGAAAGGUGUAGUAGAACAACUGGUUCAGGAAAUUCUACAGUCUGGCAUCAUCCAACCAAGCAAUAGUCCUUUUGCAUCACCUAUACUUCUAGUUAAGAAAAAAGACAACACAUGGAGAUUUUGUGUUGACUAUAGAAAACUAAACAGCAUAACAGUCAAGGACAAGUUUCCCAUUCCAAUUAUUGAAGAAUUAUUGGAUGAAUUGAAUGGAGCUAUUAUCUUCACCAUAAUUGACUUGAGAGCUGGAUAUCAUCAAAUCAGAGUGCAUCUAUCAGACAUUUUCAAAACUGCCUUCAGAACACAUCAAGGCCAUUAUGAAUUUAAGGUGAUGUCAUUUGGCCUUACUAAUGCUCCAGCCACUUUUCAAGCCUUAAUGAAUGAGAUAUUUCAACCUGCAUUGAGGAAAUUUAUACUGGUAUUUUUUGAUGAUUUUAAUCUACAAAAAAAGCAUGUCUGA